GGAGGAAGGAGGAAGGAGGGCAGGCUUUCUCAAUAAGGGACAUUUUAUUCAGUGGAGCUGUUUCCUCAUUAGUUGUUCUUGUGUCUCAGUUAACAGCUCCUCUACAUUGGUUACAUUGUGUUAGCAACAUUUUUUGGUGACAUUUAUUUUCUGCAAGAAUUUGAUGUGAAGUGUAGAAUGUUUAAUUGGUGACUAGUAUCAGAUGCUGCAAAAAUAAUCAGACAAGCUUCUCAUACAUGAAUUAUAGCAAAAGAAACAAUGAACUGAAAGUAGCAGGAGCAGGUUUAUGAUCACACUGAUGAGACGUCAGACAUCAACCAGUCCAGUUGUUGGUUCAACCUGAUUCUUUAACCAGAGCAGAUCCAUCACAUGUGAACAGAGCGAGCAACAGAAGGAUUCCAACUGAGCAAACAAAGGAAGAUUCUCCACCUUGUUUCCAUCUUUUUUGAGUGUUGUGGAGAACAGAACAACUCGGGGGGAUGAGACAUUCAUCCAGGGACUGAAGGUUGUUAGUUCACAUGAUGUAGUUUAUGGAAAAGAGCAGUGUCAUAGUCUGUACGUUUGUGUGCACUUUCCUGUGUUUAUUUUGACAUUUCCUGUUUUGCUUCUUCUGGCUUUAAGUUCCCGUUUUACUUUUUUAGUCACAUGUUCUGUCAACUGUUUUCAGUUUAGUAAUUAUCUCAGUGUAUUUAGUUCCCAGUUUGUACCUCAGUUCUCUGCUAGAUCGUAGCGUGAAGUUACCUGUAUCCAGUGUUUCAUCCUCAGUCUCAGCUCAUUGACCACAUUAACUGGGGACCGACUGGUCGCUCGUGGUUCAGCUGUUGGAAGCAGGAAGCAGCUCGUUGGCUUCUCCGUCACUACAGUAUCUAAACAAACUGAGAUAAUGAGUGUUUGGGUGGAGGAAGAGGACAGUGCGGAGUCUCCAGGAUCCAGAUAUGUGUCUAUGAAGAAUGACUGGUCCAGAUGUAAGCCUCCAUCAUUCAGUCCUGAACCUGGAGCCCCAGACACAAAAGGUCAGAACCAGAGACAAAGCGCAGAACCUCCAGAACCGAGUUGUCUGUCUAUGAAGAGUGACUGGUCCAGAUCAUCUCCUCUGAACUUCAGUAGUGAACCUGGAGCCUCAGACACAAAAGUGAACCAGCAGAGCUCAGAGGUUCCUAGUGCUCAGUCUGUCCAGCAGCACCAAACACACAUGGACUCCAUAUUUAUGCUGCUUGAAGAAAACAUUGUCACAUUUGUGAAGAAGGAGCUGAAGAAGAUCCAGCAGGUUCUGAUUCCAGAUUACCCAGAAUGCUUAGAGAGUCACAGGGAGGAGGAGUUGGAUGGUGAGGAUGAAGAGCAGAGGAGGAGCAGCAGCAGAGAUGCGUUUCUGAAGAUCACAGUGAACUUCCUGAAGAGGAUGAAGCAGGAGGAGCUGGCUGACUGUCUGCAGAGCAGAACUUCAGCUGCAGUUUGUCGGCGUCAGCAUAAAUCUCAUCUGAAGCAGAAGUUCCAGUGUGUCUUUGAAGGCAUCGCUGAAGCAGGAAACCCAACCCUUCUAAACCAGAUCUACACCGAACUCUACAUCACAGAGGAAGGGGUUGGAGAGGUCAACGAUGAACAUGAGGUGAGACACAUUGAAACAGCCUCCAGGAAACUAGACAGAGCAGAAACAAGCAUCAGAGCAGAAGAUGUCUUUAAAGGCUCAGCUGGAAGAGAUGGCGCCAUCAGAACAGUGAUGACAAAGGGAGUGGCUGGCAUUGGGAAAACAGUCCUAACACAGAAGUUCACUCUGGACUGGGCUGAAAACAAAGUCAACCAGGACAUACACUUCACAUUUCCAUUCACCUUCAGAGAGCUGAAUGUGCUGAAAAAGCGAAGGUUCAGCUUGGUGGAACUUGUUCACCACUUCUUCACUGAAACCAAAGCAGCAGGAAUCUGCAGCUUUGAACAUUUCCAGGUUGUUUUCAUCUUGGACGGACUGGAUGAGUGUCGACUUCCUCUGGACUUCAACAACACUAAAACCCUGACUGAUGUCACAGAGUCCACCUCAGUGGAUGUGCUGCUGACAAACCUGAUCAGGGGGAACCUGCUUCCCUCUGCUCGCCUCUGGAUCACCACACGACCUGCAGCAGCCAAUCAGAUCCCUCCUGGGUGCGUUGACAUGGUGACGGAGGUCAGAGGGUUCACUGACCCACAGAAGGAUGAGUACUUCAGGAAGAGAUUCAGAGAUGAGCAGCAGGCCACAACCAUUAUCUCCCACAUCAAGACCUCACGAAGCCUCCACAUUAUGUGCCACAUCCCAGUCUUCUGCUGGAUCACUGCUACGGUUCUGGAGGAUGUGUUGAAAAGCAGAGAGGGAGGAGAGCUGCCCAAGACCCUGACGGAGAUGUACAUUCAUUUUCUUCUGGUUCAGACCAAGGUGAAGAACAUCAAGUAUGAUGGAGGAGCUGAGACAGAUCCACACUGGAAUAAAAAGAGCAGGAAGAUGAUCGAGUCUCUGGGAAAAGUGGCUUUUGAGGAGCUGCAAAAAGGAAACCUGAUCUUCUAUGAGUCAGAUCUGACAGAGUGUGGCAUCGAUAUCAGAGCAGCCUCAGUUUACUCAGGAGUGUUCACACAGGUCUUUAAAGAGGAGAGAAGACUGUACCAGGACAAGGUGUUCUGCUUCAUCCAUCUGAGUGUUUAGGAGUUUCUGGCUGCUCUUCACGUCCAUCUGACCUUCAUCAACUCUGGAAUCAAUCUGAUGUCACAACAACAACCAGCAUCCAGGUCUAAACGGUUUAGAAAUAAGGAACAUGAAUGUACACAGUUUUACCAUGAUGCUGUGGACAAGGCCUUACAGAGUCCAAAUGGACACCUGGACCUGUUCCUUCGGUUCCUCCUGGGUCUUUCGCUGCAGACAAAUCAGACUCUCCUACAAGGUCUGAUGACACAGUCAGGAAGUAGUUUACAAACCAGUGAGGAAACAGUUCAGUACAUCAAGAGGAAGAUCUCAGAGUCUCCCUCUGCAGAGAAAAGCAUCAACCUGUUCCACUGUCUGAAUGAACUGAAUGAUUGUUCUCUAGUGAAGCAGAUCCAACAGAACCUGAGAUCAGGACAUCUCUCCACUGAUGAACUGUCUCCUGCUCAGUGGUCAGCUCUAGUCUUCAUUUUACUGUCUUCAGACAAAAACCUUGAUUUGUUUGACCUGAAGGAUUUCUCUGCUUCAGAGGAGGCUCUUCUGAGGCUGCUGCCUGUGGUCAAAGCCUCCAACAAUGCUCUAUUAAGUGGCUGUAAGCUGUCAAAGAGAAGCUGUGAAGCUCUGUCCUCAGUUCUCAGCUCUCAGUCCUCUAGUCUGAGAGAACUGGACCUGAGUAACAACAACCUGCAGGAUUCAGGAGUGAAGCUACUGUCUGUUGGACUGAAGAGUCCUCAUUGUCGACUGGAGACUCUCAGAUUGAGUGGCUGCAGUUUGUCACAGAUCAGCUGUGAUUCUGUGGUCUCAGCCCUGAAGUCCAACCCAACACAUCUGACACAACUGGACCUGAGUAACAACGACCUGCAGGAUUCAGGAGUGAAGCAGCUGUGUGGUUUUCUGGAGAGUUGUAACUGUCGACUGAAGACUCUGAGAUUGAGUCACUGCGGUUUGUCAGAGAUCAGCUGUGAUUCUCUAGUCUCAGCUCUGAAGUCCAACCUGACACAUCUGACACAAUUGGACUUGAGCUACAACAACCUGCAGGAUUCAGGAGUGAAGGAGCUGUGUGGUUUUCUGGAGUGUCCUCACUGUCGACUGGAGACUCUGAGACUGAGUGUGUGUGACCUGUCAGAGAGAAGCUGUGAAGCUCUGUCCUCAGUUCUCAGCUCUCAGUCCUCUAGUCUGAGAGAACUGGACCUGAGUAACAACAACCUGCAGGAUUCAGGAGUAAAGCUACUGUCUGCUGGACUGAAGAGUCCUCACUGUCGACUGGAGACUCUCAGGCUGUCAGGCUGUCUGCUCUCAGAGGAAGCUUGUGUCUCUCUGGCCUCAGCUCUGAGCUCCAACCCCUCCCAUCUGAGAGAGCUGGACCUGAGCUACAAUCAUCCAGGAGACUCAGGAGUGGAGCUGCUGUCUGCUGGAGUCAAGGAUCCACACUGGAGACUGGACACUCUCAGGGUGGAGCCUGGUGGAGUCCGAUGGUUGACACCAGGUCUGAGCAAGUAUUUCUGUCAACUCACCAUUGACACAAACACAGUGAACAGGAAAGUACAACUUUCUGACAAACACAGGAAGGUGACACGUGUGGAGGAGGAUCAGUCAUAUCCUGAUCAUCCAGACAGAUUUGACUGGUGGGCUCAGCUGCUGUGUAGUAAUGGUCUGACUGGUCGCUAUUACUGGGAAGUUGAGUGGAGAGGAUACAUUUAUAUAUCAGUGAGUUACAGUGGGAUCAGAAGAAAAGGAGUCAGUGAAGGAUGUUUGUUUGGACACAACGAUCAGUCCUGGAGUCUAUACUGCUCUAAUGGUAGUUACUCUGUCAGACACAAUAACAUAGUAACACCCAUCUCCUCUUCUGUGUCUCACAGAGUAUCAGUGUAUGUGGACUGUCCUGCUGGUUCUCUGUCCUUCUACAGAGUCUCCUCUGACAAACUGAUUCACAUUCACACCUUCAACACCACAUUCACCGAACCUCUUUAUCCUGGAUUUGGGAUCUUGUAUCCUGGUUCUUCAGUGUCUCUGUGUGAUGUGCCGUAGUGAGAGUUUGAUCCUGUCACAGAAACAUUGUCACUGUUAAACAUAGUUCAGUCUGUUCACGUUUGUCUCGUUUUUCAGAUUCAUGUAUUAAACCAGUUUCUUUCUAAACCAGUUCUAAAUCAUUCCUUGGGAACUUCUUCCUCUUCUGUCCUUUACAGAUGGAAGCUCUGAUUAUUCCAGGAUCAAAUGUUGAUGACUUUUGAAGUUGUUUUCCAGUGAAUAUAAGGAUGUUUCAGUUCAAAAUGACAAACUGUGACAGCAGAGAAGAAUCACUUUGCUAAAUUAGUGAGCAGCCUCCAGAUGUUCACAGAUGAUCGUUGAAUGAAAACUGUUGAUUGAAUCUUUGAUUGUUUUCUGUCUCUAUAGUAGAAGGGACCAGCAGGAACUCACAUUAAAGUGCUUAAUUUACCUUUAACAAUAAAUGAUCACGUUAUAAUCACAAUAUAUAAAUGCCCAUCACUUUAAACUAUGAUAACAUGAGGCAUAACAGAUUCAGAGAUUCAUGAUGAAUCUCCACAUUCUGUAUAUACUGAAAUAAUAAUGUAAUAAAAUCUCACCACGUCUGAUUCAGGGUGUUUCUAAUUCACUUUCCUCUGACACAGUCGUAAUUAAUGUUGAAUCUAUGUUAAAGUAUUUUCUAUUGUGAUAGAAUCCAAUGUGUAGUGUUAUUUGUUUGAUGUGUCAUGAAACAUUGCAUUCAGCAUAAAAUGAUCAAAUCUAUGAACACUAUUCUUUGUAUGUUACAUGUUUCACUGAGUUGUUACAUUUUGACUCUUUAGCAACAAUGGAGAUAUUAAGUGAGGCACAAAGAGAGAUUUCAGAACUACACUCUCAGGGCAACUGCACUUUUUCCUGUGUACUUCUCUUCUUGCAAGAAUAAACCAACACAAAAACAA